AUGCGAGACCACCUGGCCUCAGCCAAUCCUGUGUCGCUCUGCGUUCCAAUGGCAUGCGAGGGCUCGGGGAAUCUACAUAGCGGCGUGACAGAUAGCAGCCAUAUUGGUGUUAAUCCACUGGUCGAAGGUGAAAAGCACGCCAUGUUGGCGACAUCAUGGGACCGGGGGUGCGACUUCUGGCCGUGUGGAGUCACGUGGGCAUUAAAUGACGCGCCGCGGACUGAGAGCCAAUCCGCUCACGAGUUUUCUUUCUCCAUUGCAGCGCCCCGAAACGGACCAAUGGGAGAACAGGACGACGACUACAAGGAUAAAUACAGACCCUGUUUUCCCUUUUACGCCCGACCUGGUGAAGAGCUCCGAGGUGCCCGUGGUCCAUAUCGCCAAGUUUCGGCUAUUUCGUCUACUGUCAGCCAACUUAUCAAGAUGAUUGAGCGACAUUCCCUUUCUGAGGUUAAGUAUAUUCAAACAUGUGAGGAAAUUGGACCGAACAUCCUAAGUGGGGCCUCGACAAUAGCAAAAAUGGCGAUAUGUCUCAGUUGGUCAAAAGCCGAUGGCGAAAAAUGCGUUCGGUGUUCAGGGCUGAUUGCGUUAACUGAACCCAAACCCAAGCCAGUCGAUGUCACCACAGUGCUCGACCUUUUGAAUAAUCAGCAUCUCAAUGCCAAGGGGCCAUUUGCCCUUCAUGUUGCUCAACACCUGUCUUGGGAUGUUUGUAGCAACGGUGAAAUUCGUCACUUCAUAGAAUCUCUUUUGGACCUACUUCAAAGUGUUGAUCCUCUAUCUGUAACAAUGCUAAGUGAUAUUUUCACCGAGGUCUGUAGCCGCCUCCUUUCUCGUGACCCGUCUCACUGGGCUCCCCUACACCGCUUGCUGCUCGACCGACUCUCUCUUAACUCCGAUCCAGACUCGUCUGCAUACCAGGAGACCUGUCUCCUAGCCGUGGGCGGUCUUGGUAGACAGCUAGCAGCUGGCAUCCAGAAUACGGACCCCCUUAUUCUUAUGGGUACUUCCGCUGAUCCCAAUGGUUCAUCUGGAAGAAGGAGAACUUUAACAACCUCGCGGAAAAGUUGUCCUGGUGCUGAUUUGGCUAAAUUCGACGCUUCAUGUGGUGGUGAUGGAUGUCAACAAGAAUUUAUUUACUAUGACCUCUUAAAGGAGACCGUGGCAGUUCUUUGCCGCCUUGGAAUCGUUAAUCGGCAUUGGCAUAGCCUCGUGGGCGAGACUUCAAUUCAGAUUGAUAAACUCUCAGGUAUCUUAGAUUCAACCACAGCGUUUCUUCUUCGCAAUGCGAAAAGACAGAUUGCAAGGGUUCUCGUGGAACAUUUGGAUCCUUCGGUCUCCCAGGCUUUCGAAACUGUUGCUCGUAUUUUUCGGUUAGAUAAGUUGCACGUAAUUCGAGAACUCACCGGGCCCGUCUUCACAUUUCUUGUCAUUAAAGGGACUCAGGAAAGUCAUAUGCGCAUUCGGGAGUUGGUCGAACUUAGCUCAUGCUUAACCAGUACGCAGGAAUACGUUGCAAAAGUAACUCAACUUUGUAUUCUACCGGACGCACUUGUCUACAUUUUCACGCACCUUAGCGAGCAUAGACGAAUCGAAGCUCUGAAAUUUCUUGAGGCUCACCUCGGCAUAUCAAUAGAACAGGUGACUCGGAUGAAUGACGUCUCGCGACUGCUGCACCAAUUUGUCCUCUGCCUUUACCCCCAUCGUGCUGAGGCGUGUAUAGGGCUCCGUUUUCUCGUCAACAAGGCAUUGUGCCCUCAGACUCGACCCGUACAUGGGCUCCUACUCCAACAGCGUCAGAAUGCAGAUGUUCAGGCUGAGUCCUCUGCCUCUGAUGUCACACCAAACGGAAUGGGGGUAUUUCUUCAGCAGCACCUGUGUGGUAUUUUGGCUUUCUUCGACAGUCGUCUCCUGGAUGACGAAUCACCGCUGGAAGAGCGAAGACGCUGUCUGUUGAGUUUGGUCAUUUUUAUGGAUCUUGUUGGGAGUCAACCAGUCUCACGAAUGCGCGCCAAGUUUAUUGCUACUCUCAAGCUUUGUCUCCGUUACAAGUUCGUCGAAUCGAAGACGGUCGUCCAUUUAUGGACCUUGUUCCUCAAGAUGUAG